CUGUCUGUGUCAGUCACACGGAGCUCAGUAAAAACUCUCGUUGUACAGUCGGACUGUCUCCCACUGUAGCAACUGUAUUCAUUUCGAAUUUUUUAGUUUCCUUUAUACAGGAGACCUAACUCCUCACCAUGGCGUCUCUGAACCAACAGUAUGAGGAGAGGGUGCGUCCCUGCAUCGACCUCAUAGACUCUCUUCGCUCUCUCGGUGUGGAGAAGGACUUGGAUCUGCCUGCUAUCGCCGUCAUAGGAGACCAAAGCUCGGGGAAGAGCUCUGUGCUGGAGGCGCUGUCGGGGGUGGCUCUGCCAAGAGGAAGUGGCAUUGUGACAAGAUGUCCUCUCGAACUGAAGAUGAAGAGAAAGAAAGAAGGAGAGGAGUGGUACGGAAAAAUAAGCUACCAGGACCACGAGGAAGAGAUAGAAGAUCCUGCGCAUGUGGAGAAAAAGAUUCGAGAAGCUCAGGAUGAAAUGGCUGGGGUUGGUGUGGGGAUCAGUGACGACCUGAUCAGUCUGGAGAUCGCCUCUCCUGAUGUUCCAGAUCUGACACUCAUUGACUUGCCUGGCAUCGCCAGGGUGGCUGUAAAAGGACAACCAGAGAAUAUUGGAGAACAGAUAAAGAGACUGAUCCAGAAGUUCAUCAAAAGACAAGAAACCAUCAGCCUGGUGGUUGUUCCAUGCAACGUGGACAUAGCAACCACAGAGGCUUUGAAGAUGGCACAGGAGGUGGAUCCUGAUGGAGAGAGGACUUUGGGUAUCUUGACCAAGCCUGAUCUGGUGGACAAAGGCACAGAAGAGACAGUGGUUGACAUUGUUCAUAAUGAGGUCAUCCACCUGAAGAAGGGCUACAUGAUCGUCAAGUGCAGGGGUCAGAAAGAGAUCACAGAGAAGGUGUCUCUGACUGAAGCAAUGGAAAGAGAGAAAGCCUUCUUCCAAGAUCAUGUUCAUUUCCACACUCUCUACAAUGACGGUCAUGCCACCGUUCCUAAACUGGCUGAGAAGCUCACACUUGAGCUGGUGCAUCACAUUGAGAGAUCUCUGCCUCGACUAGAAGAGCAGAUAGAAGAGAAACUAGCACAGACUCAGGCAGAGAUGGAGAGAUAUGGCAAUGGGCCGCCAACUGAUGCAGCUGAGAGACUCGUCUACCUCAUUGAUAAAGUGACAGCAUUCACCCAAGACGCCAUCAAUCUGGCUGCAGGAGAGGAGCUCCAGUGUGGAGACAAACUCAAUGUCUUUUCCACACUCAGAAGAGAGUUUGGGAAGUGGUACAGCCAGCUGGACCAUUCGGGACAAAACUUUAACAGAAGAAUUGAUAGAGAGGUGGAGGAGUAUGAAGAGAGGUACCGUGGGAGAGAGCUGCCAGGUUUCAUCAACUACAAGACCUUUGAGGUCAUGGUCAAGGAGCAGAUCAAACAGCUGGAAGAACCAGCUGUCAAGAAACUCAAGGAUAUUGGAGAUGCUGUUAGAAAGGCUUUCGUACAGCUGGCCCACAGUAGCUUCAUUGGAUUUCCUAAUCUCAUGAAAACAGCCAAGACAAAGAUCGAAGCCAUAAAGCAAGAAAAAGAAUCCACCGCAGAGUCCACACUGAGAACCCAGUUCAAGAUGGAGAUGAUCGUUUACUCCCAGGACAGAACCUACAGCAGCAGUUUGAGUGACAGAAAGAGAGAGGAGGAUGAGGACGAACUGAAAUGUCCAAAAUUCAAUACAAAAAGGAGCAUUGUGCACUGCAUGGAUAACCAUGCGACACUUCAGGAGCUGAUGUUACACCUUAAAUCUUAUUACAGCAUUGCCAGCCAGCGUCUGGCUGACCAGAUCCCGAUGGUGAUUCGCUACCAGAUGUUGCAGGAGUCUGCUGUCCAGCUGCAGAGGGAGAUGCUGCAGAUGCUCCAGGAUAAAGAGAAUGUGGAGUUCUUGCUGAAGGAGGACUUUGACAUUGGCCACAAGAGGGCUGCUUUGCAGAGUCGCCUCAAUCGCCUCAUGAAGGCCCGCGCAUACCUGGUGGAGUUCUAGAGGAGGUCGAGGCCUAACAGCAUGAGUCCACUGCACUGCUGUCAUACAGUACAAUCAUAUUAUACUAUUAUUUUUUCUUUACUGUGUCCAGUGUAGAAUGAAUAGAUUUACUUUAAAUGUGACAACCAAGUCAGAACAAGUCAUUGUUGUUAAAUUGGUGUUCUUAAGUGUACUGCAACUGGCACUCCUAUUGCCACUCAAAAAAGGUAAUUCACAGCCUAUUAUUCAUUAAACAGUGUUUAGAAUGCUCUCUACAGACUAAGAAUAUGUCCAAAUGCACCAUGUUUGUAUUUGUUAAAAUAUACUGUGUUUGUUUAGAUAAAGAAAAGAUAUGCCUCAAAUUGAUAGCUUCUCAUUUGGCUAAUCCAGCUUGCUUUUAUAGGUAAUACUACUCAAUUGAACAGUCUGUUCAGUCAGUUCUGUUGGGAAAGUUGUGAGCACAGUGAUGUAUUACAUUAUUUUAUAAAUUGAAAUGAGGAACUCAUUUGGACUUGUGGUUCAGGCCACCCGGCCAAAUAUAAGUCCGAUAUUCACUGUCUCUCUGUUUUUAAGUUCUGAGGGAAAUAUCUGGCUUUUAAGCUGCUAAACACUCCACUCUGUUCACCAUAUAGCCUCCGUUCAAUGUUUAUGUUGUACAGUGUUCAUUGUAAACCUCCAUAAAGCUGAGAGGAGCUGGACAUUUGGGUGAUGACUCUGUCAUUUCCACACUACAAUCAUCCCAUUGCACAUUGUGCUUUUUAGUACAUUUUAAAGAUAUAACUCACUUAUAGCCACUAAAAUGAAAAACGAUACAACAUAAAUUGGUCUCCUAACCUGCCCUGCUUCAUGUUUUUACAAAUAAAACAGUAGAUAUCAAUUA